AUGGCCGCGCCCCGCCCAUCACAACGCGGUGACAACGAGGCACCACCAGCCGCGCACCCUCCGGACGUCGCUCCUCGUGCCACCCCCUUCGCGGGAGCCCAUGCCGCGCGUGACCCGUCGCUGAGCGCGUCUCCAGCUGCGCUCGGGUGCGCCCGAGCGAACUGCGCGCGGGCCGAUGGGAGUCGAACCCGCAUCGUGCGCAACCGUAGCGGCACACCGCGCCCCAGCCAGCGGUCUCUUCGCUGCACGGCAGCCUUUCCCCCUUCUGCAUCUUUUCUCCGCGCUCCGGCCAGCAUCUGUCAGAUGGCCCUGCGCGCGGAGACAACGCCCGAUCUCUGCGCAAUCCCCUGCGCCCUCCUCCUCCGCGCGCACAGACUCCCCUCUUCUCAGGCGUCUGCGCAACAACUGUCUGAUCUCAUCCAUGUCAUGCCCCAGACUCUCUCGGCCCCUGCUCUCGCAAGCUGCGGUGCUUCUGACAUCUUUACAGACCCCGAACUCGACACGCCCGCGCACCCCCUCGGCCCGGCGCACGAGCUACUGCUGCUUCCGCGCCUGGCCAGCGCGCGGCGGACGCUCUCAGGGUCGUAG